AUGGUUGCUGUUAAAUCCAUUUCACUCCUCUUCGCCCUAGUCACCGAGAGUCUCGUCGCUUCUCAGAAUCUAAUAUUCACUCGCAAGGUCAACGUCGUAGUGAUUCCUAGACCGACUACUACGACUUUUACCGACGUCAAGACCAUUACGGAAACCACACAAGCUGAUCCUGAUGUCGAGACUGCCAUUGAGACGAAAGCUGAUGUGACGACUACUAUUGAAGUUCGACUUCAUACUACGACCUCAAUAUCAACAUCCUCUAGGACAAUCACAGCAUAUACCACCACAAGCACUAUCCAAGCCCCGGCCGGCUCCACCCCUGCUAAGGGCUCUGACUGGCGGCCCAAGAUCAAAGCCCGAGACAGCCUCAACACCCUCAAAGAGAGGGCUGCAGUCGAGCUUUUCCCAGCUGGACUUCAGUCAAACCCUGAGUAUGUUCAACGCGUCGACUGUACAAAGAAGGUCCCAAGUACGUCCAUAAAGGUCACGACCAUCACGGUGAAGGGAACCCGCGUUACCGCCAGCCCAAAGACCAAGACCAAAGUUAUCACAUCGUCUACGACUACUGAACUGCAUGUCAAGCUUGGGCCAACAGUCGUUACCGUUUGCAGAGUUGCUCUCAGAUAG